AUGUCCAAUACUACAACUUUAUCAUUAAUAGAUGCUUUGGCCAUCCAGAACAUUCUUGCGGCUGUACCUAAUGCCGCUCUUCUGCCUCCUGCUGAUGGAAAUGAUGCAGAAGCACUACAGAUGGCACAGCAAAAAGUCUUGACAAAAUCACAACUAUGUUUGCAAGACGCUUUGAGAGCAUCAAAGAAGAGCCUUCAAGCCCGCCAUACCAACAUUCAAGGGUCAUCUGAGUCUUCGUUACACUCAGAUGAGGAGAAGGAUGUAGUCACAACAAAGAUGGCGAAGGCGACUCAUUCCUUUAGCUCAAAUUCAAUCAAUUCCUUGGCUCCACUUAAAGAGCAACAACUUGACCUCUUCAACAACGCUACAUCCCGUCUACUUCGUGCAGAAACAGAGCUUGCACUGCUUAAACUAAUCAUGGCCCAGAGUCAACGAGAAAUAUCGGGACUAGAAGAAGAAAUUUUUAGAAAACAAGCCGAGUUGGCUCAUCAUCGCACAGUUUUUGAUUACAUCCUUGAGCUAGAACGGUUGGGAUUCGAAAUCCAGAUUCACGAGGGUCAAAUCCAGAUCAAAGAAUUGGAGAGCCUUGUCCAAAAGACAGUGCAAGGAAAGGAGGAAGCAGUUGCGGAGGCUGUCAAGGCCUUAGAAGGCGAAAUAAGAUCCCUUCAGCAACAACUGACAGAGAAACGAGAGGCAUUUGAGAAGGUACAGGAGCCUCAAAUGACAGAUCGUCAACAGGAUUUGGAAACGAUCAUAAUUCAGCUUCGAGACGAAUUGGUAUUGCAAACUCGGCGAGCCAGAGAAGCUGAGGCGGUUUCAAAAGGUGAUCAAGAAGAAUUGGAAAGAACAAGGGUUAAGCUUCAGAGGGCUUUGUUAGAUGGAGAUGGGGACGCGGAAGGAGUCAUGGUGGAGCAUCUUGAAAAGGAAUAUAAAAAGAAGACAGUAGCCCUUCGAACCAGCCUGGCGCAGGUAUAUAGAGUAAACAGACGACUAGGCAGGGAGAUGUCGGCCCUAGCGCGUAAGGUCGUCCGUGUGGAAUCUAUUAAUGAAGAAUUGGUAGAACAAGCUAAACAAGAUCGGGCAGAAAUCAAGAGCCUGAAGUGUCAGGCAGAGUUCCUACAAGAGCAGCUUAUUACUGCUUCAGGAAAGCCUUCCGAUGAUGUAGGCACGGCAUCAGCGGCAGAUGAGUGCCUGGUCGCUUCUUUGCAGGAGCAAAUCACGGCGCUAGAUAUCCAAAUCGAUGGGUUGUCUUCAUCAUUGCGCCUUAAGGAGCAAGAACUGGAAGAAGCACAUGGAGAGGCUGAGCAGCUUUUGCUUAAGCUCGAGUCAGAGUUGGCACAGCAAAAGGAAGCUCAUGCAAAAGAGAUGAAAGAAUUUGCAGAGGAGAAGAAGCUGCAAGCCCAAAGAGAACGAGCCUGUCAAAACGCAUCUGUGACGUUAUUCCAGAAUAUGGUCACCAAAUUACAGACAGAACUGUCAGAGACGCAAGAAAAGUUACGGGACACCACGAUUUGUUGGGGAAACACAAAGGAACAACUUCAGAAGUGCGAGCAGGCAUAUCGAAGACGUAAAAGAGAUUUAGAAGUGACCACGAAGCACUUACACGAGGUAGAAGAGACAGUCCUCAAGUUAGGAGAUGCGAUUACAAUGCUAGAGAUGGAGAAGGAGACCAAUAUGGUGUUGGUCAGAUCUUUGGAGGAACGAGACCGUGAGCUGAGGGACAUGGAGUAUCGCCUUAGAGUCUUGGAGGAGGAGCACGAGUGA